AUGUCUAAGCGGAGACUGCGAGCGAGUCGGCCGCAUUGGCGGUAUCUGGCAGAUGCUGAUGCCAGGCACGAUAACAAAGCACAUUCUGAGUCAUCCUGUCUGGUGCGGCCUCGGCGAAGGAUGGGCAAAAGAAGUUGGGGCCAAGACAAGCAUGCCAACUUCCUUUUGGCACGCGGCCGACAGUCUGUGAUCUCGCCACAGUCUGCAAGAGUUCGCGUUCCACAGGACCUGUAG